AGACGGGCAGCGGGUAGCACCAGAACCAGCACUGUACUUGACAACUGUGCUUCUGCACGCUGUGCGCGCACACGACACGCAGGCCGCCGACGGCGCGAAUCACGAGCCGGAAAUCUCGACCAUCUUUGCGACUACCGCAACAAGCGCCACACAGACUCUCGACUCACCUACGCACGCACCGCUCCCACUCCCUCCCUCCCCUGCCUCCCCGCGCCUGGCGCAAAAAAAAAAAAGAAAAAAAAGAGAAGACGACCGCAUCACCUGUCGCAUACGCUACGUCAACCCACCUGCCUGGACACGCGACGACCCAUCUGGGCCCUGGGGCACAGCCUUGUCGCAAUCUUCCUCCUGCCGUUGGCUGCUCCUGCGCGCGCGGCACAAACACCCACCCACCCGCACGCACGCUCAGUCAUCGUUCUUGCCACUCUCGAACUUUUGCGAUAUAUCCCGAUCUCGCAUUGUCCUUCGCGCGCGCGCCUGUCUUUCCACCUGCGCCCGCCCGAGCUUUGUGCUCACCUCGGACCUUUUGCCCCAGCCUUCUGCGAAACAAAACCACCCUUCCGACCCUCGGGUUUCUGCAUCCCACCAUCAGGGCGGCGCCUCGACGAGCCUCAGGCCCAGAACGGGGCCCUCCCCGAACUACUGCGCUGUCAGUUCGCCCUCAGUCUGCAGUCGAGAGGGGCUAGCCAGCCACCACAACCACCACCCUUCUUUUUUUCUUUUUUCUUCUUCUUUACUUUUGAUCUUCUUUGUCUCGUAGCGCAGGGCCUGGGGUCGAACUGGCCGCCACCGAGCCCUGAGACAACUGCUUCACGUGGCCGAGUCGGGUGUCGCUGGACACUCCCAAGAAACACCGCAGCCAUGGCCUUCAAGUUUAACACAACAUGCAACGCGACGCUGGAUGAAAUGAGGAUCCAACCUGGCGAUGAGAUCCCCAUCGCAGGGCAGCUGACCUUCCACGACAUCGCCCUGAUCAUCGCGGCCGCCUCAACGCUGGUGGCCGUCACCAUGAGUCUGUGGCUGGUCUGGAUGCAUGCGAUGCACUACACCAAGCCUCGCGAGCAGCGCCAUAUCAUCCGCAUCCUGUUUAUGGUGCCCAUCUACGCAACAAGUUCACUGCUGUCGCUGCGCUAUACAUGGCACGCCAUAUACUUCCAGGUUAUGAGCGACUGUUACGAGGCCUUCGCCAUCUCGUCGUUCUUCGCCCUCAUGUGCCACUACAUCGCACCGGACCUCCACGAGCAAAAGAACUACUUCCGCGCAAUGACCCCGAUCAAGGACUGGGUAUGGCCCGUCAGCUGGUUUCGGGCCUGCUGCUGCGGCCCUCGCGGCCCCUGGCGCACCCCGUCCAGCGGCCUGACCUGGUUCAACAUCGUCUGGGUCGGCGUCUACCACUACAUCUUUGUGCGCGUCGCCGCCACCAUCACUGCCGUUGUCACCCAGUACUUCCACCGCUACUGCGAGAGCAGUAACAGCCCUGUCUUUGCGCAUAUCUGGGUCAUCGCUAUCGUCUGCGUGGCUGUUGGUAUCGCCAUGUACUGCCUGAUACAGUUCUACAUCCAGCUGAAGGAGCCUCUGGCGGAGCACAGGCCGUUCCUCAAGAUCUGCGCUAUCAAGCUCGUCGUUUUCUUGUCCUUCUGGCAGUCGGCUAGCAUCUCGGUUGCCACAUCUCAGCUCGAGAUCGUCAAGCCCAACGACGUGUUUGCUUACCCGGAUCUCAAGGUCGGCAUCCCCUCGCUUCUCCUCUGCGUCGAGAUGGCUCUCUUCUCCAUCAUGCACAUAUGGGCCUUUCCAUACCAGCCCUACCGCGUCGGCGCCAAGCCCACCUUCUACCCGGUGGCCGACCCCGCAAGCGGCGCGCGCCCAAAGGAGAACAAGCAGUCGCCCCCAUCCGGCGGCUUUCUCGGAAUACUCGCCCUCUGGGACGCACUGAACCUGUGGGAUAUUGUCAAGGCUUUCGGCAGGGGGAUCAGGUGGCUGUUCUGUGGCGUCAAGGGCCGCCGCGGCGACCACUACGGCUCUGGACGCAAGGGAAGCAACGCUAGCAGCGACGAUCUCUACCUAGGGAAUCUCUCGGGGCCUAAGAGGCCCGGUCUCAGGGGUGGCAACAGCACCGAGCACCUGCCCAUCGCAAACGAGUUUCGCAGGAGUAAAUUCUUGAUGCUGGGUGGCGGCGGUUCAGGAGGAGCAAACAACGGCCCGUCGGCAAGAGCAGGCGGAGGGAGCUCGAGCUCUCCUGGCCGCACCUUGACCUCAUCCCCUCUUGCGGCCGGCGCCGCGGGCAACUCCCCGCUGGCGACCACCACGCUGCACGCCGCAAACACGCCUCAGCAGCACGAACCCUCGAGCCCAGGCUUCCAGCGCCCACCGAGCGCCAACGAGGGUGCCGGCCUGAUAGCGCACGCCGCCUCGCCGGGCCGCCACGCGCACGAGGGAGCGGGUCUGAUGGCGCACGCGUCCUCGCCGGGGGGCCACUCCCACGAGGCCACGUCCCCAUACCGGGACAACUUCUCGGACGAGGCAGCCUACCACAACGCCGCCGCCCCGGGCGUUGCCGUCCCGUACCACCCGGGUCACUCCCAGGUCGGGCCCAGCCUGUCGCCGCCGCCGCCGCGCCCCGCGCGGUCGCCAGAGUCGCCGCCGCACCAGCAGCCGCAGCACCAGCGCGGCGUCGGCCCGUACCGGCACCAGCAGAACUUCUCGCGCGGUGGUUCACAGUCCGGCCACGCCCGGCCCCUUGUGCGGACGGAGCAGCAGCAGCAGCCGCAUCCGUAUCAGCAACAGUCGCCGAUAAGUCCGUACGGACAGCCCAGGCCAGGCGGUGCACCACAGGGCGACGGUGGUAUGAUUUAACGAAGAACCGACUGCUCUUUUUUCCCCCCCCCCCUCUC